AUGUGGGAUCGACAAAGACAAGCCUGGGCCGUCGUUCUUCUAGGCAACGUCCUGAUGAAUACCGUGAUUGCCUCCCCGAUCUACGUUCCUCAGUUUGUUCCAGGAAGUAUGGGAAGGAACAUUAGGAACUUGCCGUGCGUGUCACGCAGAACUGGCGAAACCGGCGUUUGCAUGUUCGCGUUCACAUGCGCGAAGGCGAACGGCACGCACCUCGGCACCUGCAUCGAUCGUUUCUACUUCGGUAGCUGUUGCAAGAUCGACGACGAGCCGGACAUUUUUCCGCAAGACAACAGUAUCGACGACGGGUCGCCGGCAAGGCCGUUCGUCACGACCGGCGGGCCCAUCGAGAGCAACGACAUACCCGAGUACUUCUCAAGGCCGAAGCCGAUCAGCGAGAAGAAACCGCCUGGGACGCACUCCACCGAGGAAACGAGCACCGCUUAUGUUACGCAAAACACUCAUACACCUCCGACCACGAUAAGGGAAACGACGAAACUCGCGACGAAGAAGCCAAUACUCACGACCGUCGAAACGUCCACGCAACCGGUUCGGUUAUCGACCUUUCAAACCGUGCAGAACGUCUCGAAGGAAGAUUUGACCACGGAAAGUCCGCUGAGAAUCACCACUAGUACUGUUCAACUGUCGCAAAAAACAUCUGCCACGAUAACGGAAACCGCCAGCACCACGAAUAAACCUAUACCGACUACCUCGAUUACUCAAAGGCCAACGACGUUGGAAACCGUGACGAAAGUACCAUCCACCACGCAAAAGUUCACCCAAACGACGAAACCGAUCACUAAAAAACCAAUCCACUCUUCCGUGUCUCAUAAACCGACGCGUCCAGCGACGCACAAACCGAGCCACACUACGGUCACCAAACCGGUGGAAACGACGACGUCGAAACCCCUUCAAUCGAGCACCGAGAGAACAACCGAACCAACAACGUCCAGAACCGUGUUCACGACCACUCAGAGGACCAUCCCCGCGACCAGAUUUCCCCCAAGAAACACAACGAUCGCGAAACCAACUACUCAUUCUACCACCAGACGACCGAUCACCAGUACCAAGAAACCAACGACUGGUACCAGUACGAAGAGACCACCGAGCACCACGAAGAAACCAACCACGCAUGGGAAAAGACCCACCACCGCUACGAAACCACCUGCAACGUCCAGUCUGGGGACCACGUUGCCCGUGACCACUUCGAAACCGGCUUCAACGACCGUCAAAUACCAGCCAAACAUCGCGACAACCGUCGAGAGCACAUCGUCCUCGACAGCGUCGAAACCCUCGACGUCUUCCUCCGUCCUUUCGAAACCCACCACGCCCGUCACGACGCGACCUGUUCAGAACAUCAAGCCAACGACGAUCAGAACGACGACCCCAAAACCGUCCACGACGACCGUGUCGAAACCAAAACCAACGAGGAUCGCCACGACUACCGCGAAACCGGUGUCCAAACCGGAGCACACGGCCACGACCGAAAAAACGGGAACUCUGUCCUCGAUCGAGACGUCCACCGUGGCUGUUACGAAACGCAAACCAACAACGGAGGCUACAAAGCCCACGAAACCGUCGAGCAAACCUACCAGCAAACCAACCGCGACGACGCCAUCGACCGUCUCCGCGACCACCGUGACGGAAGCUGAUCUCGUGUCUCUGACUUCCUCCGACGCGACCACGUCCACGUACGUUGUAUCGACGAAGGCGCCGGUCGCCAAUCAAACCCUGGAAGAGACUUCACCGACGACUCAUUCGCCUGGAUUCGUUACGUGGACGUCGAGUUCGGACGAUGCGAUCACCAAGACACCGGAGAUUUCUUCCACGGCGACUACUCAGCUGGAUCAAACUGAAAGCGAUUGGACGCCUCUCACCACUCCGGACGGUUGGAUCAUGAUUCAAUCCCUUACUACUAAAACGCCGCCUCAGAUUUCUGAAGAAACGACGGUUAAACCGAUUCCUGUGUCUACCUUGCAACCUUCGACUUCCGCAAAACCUGCAACAGAGACGGUCACUGAGUACGUCACGAAGAGGCCCACUAUAUUCACAACUCUGUCAUCGAUCGCUAGCGUAACGAUAGACACAGAACUUCCGGUUCCAAUGGAAACACUGAACAUGUCCGAUUAUAAGCAAGUGUGCGGAAGAAGAUUGUUCCCGGAGUCUCGAAUCGUCGGCGGCAGUCGCAGCUCGUUCGGAAAAUGGCCCUGGCAGAUCUCAUUACGACAAUGGAGAACGUCGACGUAUCUGCACAAGUGUGGCGCAGCUUUGCUCAACGAAAAUUGGGCCAUAACCGCAGCGCACUGCGUGGAAAAUGUACCGCCGAGCGACCUGUUACUGAGAAUCGGCGAACACGACUUGGCAAACGAAGACGAGCCGUACGGUUACCAAGAGAGAAGAAUCCAAAUCGUAGCUAGUCAUCCACAGUUCGAUCCUAGAACGUUCGAAUACGAUCUUGCUCUGUUAAGAUUCUACGAGCCCCUGUUGCCUUUCCAACCGAACGUUCUGCCCAUUUGCCUACCGGACGACGACGAAUCUUACGUCGGCCGAACAGCUUAUGUCACCGGCUGGGGUCGACUUUACGACGAGGGACCGUUGCCAUCCACGCUUCAGGAGGUUGCUGUACCGGUCAUCAAUAAUACAAUGUGCGAGGGCAUGUACAGAAACGCGGGAUACAUCGAGCACAUUCCGCACAUUUUCAUUUGCGCCGGUUGGAAAAACGGUGGAUUCGACUCUUGCGAGGGCGACAGUGGAGGACCGAUGGUGAUCCAGAGGGCGCGGGAUAAAAGAUGGAUCCUUGCCGGAGUGAUCAGCUGGGGAAUCGGUUGCGCUGUACCGAACCAACCAGGCGUGUACACUCGAAUCUCCGAGUUCCGUGAAUGGAUCAACCAAAUCUUGCAAUUCUAACCCAACGGAUCGCAUUAAUUUGGAACGACGAUCUAGUGAAAACCGCGCGAAGGAACGCGACUCGAACGUACACGGAGGCAGACGUGGCAAAAUUACAAGCGCAAACGAAACAGCAGAUGAAUUCUGUACGCGUGCAAUACUUUCUAUGAAAUUCCGCGCUACAUCCGAUAGAGUUCAUUUAUUGCGUAUCGCGCGUGAAUUACACGAUACACGAUACAUUUGACGACAUCGUUAGUACGCCGUGCGACGAAUUUUGUGCUUUUCGUACAGGUGGGUUAUCGUUUACGUGUGUGUCGCACACACACUUUCAAACGGCGACGGGUUACUAUCGCCACCUUCUGCUCGUGCCACGACCUCGUUGCGACCGAAUAAAGAGGUCGAUAGACUAGUGUUCUGCAAUGCGAAAAAGUGAUGUUAUCACGAACGUUAAACGGCAGCGAUGCACCAACGGUGCUACUAGUUCAAUACUCCGAUUACGUGUAUUAACAACACGCCUGUACCAACUCGACUCGCAUCGCGAGCUUAGUAAAGAGUAUCGAUUGAUGGUAAUCGAUCCCCUGUAGAUCUCUUUUCUAUCGAGAAUAGUUUUUGAUUCGAGGAGAAAAAUAUCUUAUUCCAGAAAUUAGAUAGAAAUUAGAAAAUCGCGAGAGGAUGUUCGACGAGACGGAAUCGUCAACUCCAAAAAGUCGACGAUAACUUGACGAUUUCCGGUCUCUUGCAAUUCUAUUCUCACAUCUUCCGUCCCGACAACCGCUAACGCGUUGACUGCCAGUUUUUCAUGUGAAACGUAGUAAUAUUCGAUAAUUAAAUAGUGGUAGCUGUUAUUUCACAGCAUCCCUAAUAAAAGUAGCGUUACUUACAAUUUUACAAGUAUUAGGAUUCUUCCAUCGUAAACAGCAUUGCAAUGCGCUGUGAGUUUAAAGCGCUGGUCACCAAUGACCGUCAUGGCAGUCAACGUGUUAAAGACCGUUAUUGUGGUUGUGUUCUUGUUUCGUUUCUGAUCACGCUAACGCCAUAUACGUACGACUUAGGAUGAAGAUAUCGAAUAGAAAAUAGUAUAUUCGGUGUUCGAAGAAAAUUAAGAAACUAUUUAAUAACCGACAGUACGAAUAAAUACAGAAUACGAGUGAACGUUGACGUUUGAUCAUCAAAGAAAACAAUAAGUCUGGCGAAUCAACGCAUAAAAAUCUGGUAAAAACGGGGUUUGAGUGAUCUCAGCGCAACGGAACAUUACUCGAAACUCGGUGCUGCUUGCGGUAAUUUCCGUGAAACUUGUUUUUCGCGAUCGUUCCGACUGUACCAAGCCAAUCUCGAGCAGGAAUACGCCGACAGUAAACAGGGCAAAAGCGUGCUGGUGCACUUUGCCAACUCGUUACGCGCAAUCGAGCAUUCUGACACGAGUUGGGCGCGAACAGUGGCAUAAAUCGUGUGCAUACGAAAUUUAACGAGAACUCGCGGCGAAAUACAACAAUUUACAGAACCGGUGUUACGUUCUGUUACGUACAAGAAAUUGCUUAAAUCUUAUUUAAUUUAAUUUAUACGAAAAAUUCAUGCAUAUGUAUAUUAUACGUGUAUAUACGUAUGUGUGUAUACAUAGAUACAUUAUCAUGUAAACUCGUAUAGAUAGGCGGACGUGUAUACGCGAAUAAAUAAUUUAUUAACGUACGUGUUGCAGUCGGG